UUCCUUCUCAUAAUCAUGAACUCUAAUUAUUCACAGGCUACAGGACUCAAGGGUGAAGUUGCUACUGAGCAAGCUGCCAAGAGACCUAAAACGAGCAUGGCAUCCGAUGUUGCCAAACUGGCUUCUCCUCAAUCGUCUGAUGCUGAUAUUGGUAUGUCAUCUCCACAUGCAGAGUCAACAGUGGAUAAGAAUAAACAGCUGGUUAAUGCCGUUUCCCAAAGUCCUAAACCAAGUACGAGAUUACAAGAACCUACAGGCUUGAAGCAGUCAAUUCAACCAUUAGUGUCUGUAAAUAGAUACAAACUGGAUAAUCGUCCGACUGCAUUUAGAAUCAUCCCACCUUUGCCAGUCGGUCUAGCAAAUGUUACUGCUUUAAAGGAACACUUUUGCCCAUAUGGUGAACUUUCUUCUGUAGAGCUAGAAGAUGUCCAAGUCAAUGAUAGUAGCCAACAAGAGGCGCGUCUAAACUUCACUACUCGUGGAGCAGCUGAACAGGCAUUUAUAAAAGGUAAAUGCUGGAAAGACCAUAACCUGAGAUUCAUGUGGAUGACACCUACCAAUUCUGGCAAUGCCACUGUUAGUAGAGAACGUUCUCUAUCUGUUCCUCCCAGCGAGCCCUUAGAUACAGACAGCCAUUCUGAAGAGAAAUUGGAAAACUCUGUAAACCACCACGAAUCAGUUGUGCCUGAUGGUGAGCAUAAAGAUUCUGAAACUAAAAAUGGUUUGGAGCUUAUGGAAACUGAACCAGGUGAAGAUCAACACUGUACCACCUGUCAAGUUUCUUCUGCAAAACAAUCACCCGAGCGCAAUGUCUGUUGAGGAUCUACUAAUGAUCGGAUUUGUACAGCGAGGUAAAAUUUUAAAGCUAUCAAACUCUAAUUUUCGGGAGCAUUUUUUCCCUUUCAAUUUCUAAAAUAUUAUUAUUUGAUGUUCCUUUUGUUAAUGUUCAAGACAUGUAAAUUUCCUUCUAUUUUGCCGCCUCCUGUAUUUGGCGGUAUUAGUCGAAUGGUGCAUCAUGUUAUUUCUCAGCUUUUGGAUAGUUCUUUAGUAGGAUCAAAGUUUUGAAGAUCAAAAUUAAUGUUAAAAGCCAUUGAACGGUUACUUGACAAAUAUUUGGGAACCCCCUUUCCUUUGUAGCAACAGUAGAAAAAUAUAAUUUUAACUCCAUCCUUGAAA